CCAAUCGGGCUCUAUUUAUAGUGCUCUGUCGCCACCUAGCGGUCUUCAUGUGCGGUGCAGCCAAACGACAAUCCCUCGCGAAGGAAAGUUGGUUGGACUUACUGGUCAAACCCGCUCGUCAUAUUUCAGCGCCCCGCUUGAAUGGCGGCUGUUGUCUGAGGCGCUGGGGUGUUUCGAGCUCGUUCAGGACGACCCAGCCGUUCGGCGCCAUGGGCGACAGUCAGAAGAAUGAGCCGCUGAACUUCUUCCUGGGCUGCGCUGAUGAUCUGAGCUCCAGCAGUGAGGAGGAGGAGGAGCCCGCGGUGAAGAGGCAGAAGCAGCAGCGGGCCUCGGGCUCAGCCGCCUCCUCGGCCUCCGCAGGCGGCCAGAGCGCGCCCGGAGCUCCGUUACCCCGACCGGACGAGCUGUUCAGGACCAUCAGCAAGCCGGCCUUCCUCUACAACCCGCUCAACAAGCACAUCGACUGGGAGAGCCGCAUCGUCAAAGCGCCCGAGGAGCCCGCAAAGGAGUUUAAGGUGUGGAAGAGCAACGCGGUGCCGCCCCCUCAGAGCUACGUGACGGAGGAGAAGAAGGGGCCGCCGCCAGGUAUGGACAUGGCCAUAAAGUGGUCCAACGUGUACGAGGAUAACGGAGACGAUGCGCCGCAGCCGCACGCGGGAAACGCCCAAUUCCUACCUGACGAGGAGCAGCCAGAAUCCGAUGAUGAAGAUUCUACAGACAAGGAGUCCAAGUCUGCCAAGAAGCGGCGAGUGGAGACCUUCCAGCAGAAGGAGAAGAGGAAGAGGGACAUGGGCCAGGCCACGUCUGAUAAGAACUUCGUGGAGGAGGAGAAGAGGAUCCUCCGUCAGUUUGUGGAGUGAGAAAGCGUGAAGCCUGGGGUUGAGUUCAGAACCAAAACCCUAAACAGCACAGAGAAGCCGGACUCAUGGUCACUGAGCCUAGGCUGGACUCGGCCCUCUCUGAAAGCCCUCAGGCUUAACUGGACUCACGUCGGUCAGUUUUUAACACAGAGAUCGUUUAGAACUGAAUUCCCUGGAACUCCAAAUACUUUUUUUUUUUUUUGUUUUGUUUUCUUUUAAUUUCAAUGUAUAUUUUGUGUACAAGUUUAAACCGGCAGACAAACAAGAAGUGGUACAGAUGAGAUUUGAAUGGUCAAGCCUUGGUUCUACAUCAUUUAAAGAUCUGCUGUAAGUAUUAAGCUGACUCUGAGAGUCAGUGUUAGAAUUAGGUUUGAGGAUCAGAUUAGAAUCAGUUCCUCCGUGAUUGUUCUGGCUCUGAAGCUUAAUCAGUUGCUGAAUCCCAGCAAAACAUCUUUAUUGGACAUGAUGGGCAGCAAUAAACUAUGGCGCUAAA